AUGAAAGGGAUGCAUUCACUAAAGUUGAUACAAGUGAUGAAUUUGGUCAUCCUAUUGACUCAAUUUGAUGGGAACAAGGCAUGUUUUGAAGAAGAGAGGAUGGGGCUGUUAGAAUUGAAGUCCUUUUUGAAGCAAGAAGUGGUGGAUGGUUCAGACCAUGUUGUACUCCCUUCAUGGGUUGAUGACCCAAGGAGUGAUUGCUGUGGUUGGGAGAGAGUUAGCUGCAACUCAACCACCCGACGGAUUGUUAAACUCUCCCUCUCUCUUAUAGGAGGGUUUUUAUAUGGCUGUUAUAAUGAUUUUGUGUUUUCAUCCUAUUUGAAUGUUACCUUAUUCCAGUCUUUUAAAGAUCUAAAAACUCAAUUUAUCCUAUAAUUAUAUUAGAUGGCAAGAGAACCAAGGUAUGUUUAUUCAGUUUCACCCGAACCCAUCUUUAAGUGACCCUGCAUUUCCAUUUCCCGAAGUUAUCUUUGAACAUUUGGGUUAUUGGAUCAUUAUCUUCUUUAUAGGUUUGCUAAGGCUACAACAGUUGGAGACGUUGGAUCUUUCUGGUAACGGUUUAACAAGUAGCCAUCUGCAGUCCUUGAUGGAACUCAAAUCUCUUAAGAAUUUGAUUCUUAGUUGCAAUUCCUUCAACGGAUCCUUCCCUACCCCAGAACUAUCUGGUUUUGAAAACUUGGAGACAUUGGAUUUAAGUUGGAAUUCCCUAAGUGACUCCCCAAGGGAGUUGGACGCUGCGAAUUUCUCAAAGCUGAGGAAUGUAGUGCUGCAUAACAAUUACUUCAAUUCUACUGAGAUUCUGAGGUUGCUGGGUUCACUUCCGUCGCUCAGGUCUCUUGACCUUUCCUCUAAUAUGCUGGGAAUGGAAAGCACUCUGUCGAAUCAAGAUUUGAUAACUUUAGGAAGAUUGGAGCUAUUAGAUUUAAGGAGGAAUUAUUUCAAUGGGAGUAUUCCUCAAAAUCUUGGGAAGCUAUCCUCUCUUAAAGCGCUAUAUUUGGCAGGCAAUCUAUUCAAAGGGUCCUUACCGGUCCCAGGCUUGUGCGAAUUGAGGAGACUUCAAGUGUUGGACAUUAGUCAUAAUAGGUUGGAAGGAACCCUUCCUUCUUGCCUGAGCAAUUUGACAUCUCUUAAGGUUUUAGAUGUACAUGAUAACCUACUCAGUGGCUCCAUUACUCCAAAUUUAAUACCAAGUCAAAAGUUUCUUCAGUUCAUCGAUAUUAGCAAUAAUGUUUUUGAAGGUUCCUUCUCUUUCAGCUCCAUGUUCAAUCUUUCCAAGCUUGAGGUAAUCGUACUUGGGGGCACGAAAAACAAGCUACAGAUUGAUAAUGACAACCAAGCUGGGAAUGGGAUUCCGUUGUUUCAACUAAAGGUAUUGCAACUUUCCAAUUGUAGCAUGAAGAGUGCUCCACUUUUUUUGCUAAGCCAGCACCGAUUGAUAUGGGUUGAUAUCUCACACAAUAAGUUGAGCGGAGCCAUCCCUUCCUGGUUGCUUCAAAACAACACGGAUCUAAAGUUUCUGAAUCUUCGGAAUAAUUCUUUUACUGGGAAACUUGACCCUUUUCCACAACAUCCUCUGAGUAGUAUGGUUCAUAUGGAUGCAUCAUACAAUCAUAUUGAUGGCCAUCUUCCUAAGGAUCUCGGAAUCGUACUUCCAAAUUUACAAUAUCUUAAUUUAUCUUAUAACUUCUUUAAAGGCGAGCUCCCAUCCUCAGUUGGUGCCAUGAGGAAGUUGUUGUUGUUGGAUUUAUCCUUCAAUAAUUUAUCAGGGAAACUUCCAAACGAAUUGGUAAAAAUCUGCACUGAUUUGGGUGUUUUGAAGUUAAACAAUAACAAUUUUCGUGGUGAUUUUUUUUCCACUGACUUUAACUUGAGUGACUUACGAGCUUUGGAAUUGGGAAACAAUGAGUUCACUGGAGGCCUAAUGACAAAAGAGGAAUUUUAUGCUGAGAUGCGAAUUUUUGAUGUUAGCAACAACAAAAUGACUGGUAAGAUUCCUAAUGGAAUAGAUGCUAAGGUUCUUUUACUGCAGAAAAAUUCUUUUGAAGGCCAAAUUCCAUGCGAAGGAUUUUUUAAUGCCCAAGUUGUUGAUAUUUCUCAUAACUUUCUGUCGGGACAAAUACCUUCAUGCUUAAUAUCCAAGGCUUUUUCAAAUGUUAAGUUGUUGAACUUAAGAGAUAAUAGAUUGUCAGGAAAUAUUCCCGCGGAAAUUAGUUUUUUCCCUAGCCUAAGAAUUCUUUUGUUAGGAAAUAAUCGUUUCAAUGGCCUGAUUCCAAGGCAAUUGUGUCAAUUAAGAGACAUAAGCAUAAUGGAUCUUUCCAACUUCUUUUCUUGGUCAAUACCAAGUUGCUUGAGUAAUGUCUCCUUUGGCAAUUAUUUCAGUUAUUCCUGGGGAAAUUUAAUGUUUUCUUAUUGGAAUAUCAGGCAUGAAGAUGGUUACAGUGAUCUAUAUCCCCUUGUACGACUUUAUGACUUUACUAGUUUCUGGGACAAUGUUAAGUUAGAAGAUCAGUAUGUGUUUAAUAUAGACUUUGUCACUAAAAAUAAUCUACUUUCUUUCAAAGGAAACAUUCUGGAUUACAUGUCUGGAUUAGAUUUGUCAUGUAACAAUCUGACAGGCGCAAUUCCUCGGAGUCUCGGGAAGUUGUUCUCCAUUCGUGCUCUCAACUUAUCCCACAAUCAUCUGACAGGGCAUAUCCCAGUUUCGCUGUCAAAUCUAUCCCAAAUUGAGAGUUUGGAUUUUUCUUACAACAAUUUAAGUGGAAGAAUCCCAUCAGAGUUGGUCGAUCUUAACUUCUUCGCAGUCUUCAGUGUCGCGCACAAUAAUUUAUCAGGCAGAAUUCCAGACAAAGGGCAAUUCGCAACAUUUGGAAUCAAUAGUUAUAAAGGAAAUCCAUUUCUUAAUGGGCUGCCAUCAGAGAAGAACCGCACCAAACCUAUAGAGAUACCAUUAUCAUCAGAUGAAACUGAAGAAAAAUGGUAUGAUAUUGAUCGUACAUUUUUCAUUUCAAGUUUUGUUGCAACGUACGGUGUCUUCUUAUUGACUUUUGGGGCUCUUUUCUACAUCAACCCUUAUUGGCGAAGGAGGUGGUUUCGUUUCAUUGAAAAUUUUAUUUACAGCUCUUAAUACUUUGUUGUUGGUUGUUUUCGCAAGUUAGCUAUCAAAUUUAAUAAUUAGUGUUCUUUCCUCAUUUUAUGUUAAUUUUACCAAAGCUACUAAGGUUUUCUAUGCUUACAAAUGAUGGGCAAGAAUGAAGGUUGAAUUUAUGCUUAUUUUGAAUUCAUGAUGCUAUAAGUAGUUAAUUGUACAACUGAUUUACUCUUAGUUAAGAUUGGUAUUCACAUUAUUGUCAA